CUUAGUUUUUUUACGGAUCGUAUGGAUAAACAUGACUGUAACGAAAUUUACAAUGCUUACUGUCGUCUCACGCACGACCAACUCUUGAUGUUCCUUAAAAUACGAUCUCUCCCGACAGGCGGGACAGACCACGAGCUCGCAUCACGACUUGCACAACACGAUUUACACAUCUAUCACCUCCUCCCGGCUAUCAAUGGCAUGACAAGCUCGUCUGCCUUGUCCUCGCCCACAGACGGAUUAAAGCAACGUCUCCGACAAGCCAGAAUUCCCGACUUGCCGGUGGAGUUGCUGGCUGAGAUAAUGGACCGCGUCGGGGACUGGGAACUAGCGAAAGCAGUUGGAGUACCAUCAUCUCUACCCGAGCCGCUCGAAUGGACACGGGCAUCUCCUUCCGACUAUGCCAUAUUGACAGGAUAUCUCCCUGUCAUCCGUGCAUCUGACCCAGCCACUCAUCCGCCCACAAGACUUGGAGCAAUACUCGCCGCCCGCUUUGGCUACGUCAAUGUGCUGGAGUAUUUCUUCACACUGCAUCGCUCAACAUUUAUGCACAUGUACGAGAAAGACCUCCUCCCCGUUACAGCAUCGUUGCAUGGCCGCACAACCGUCCUUUCCUGGUGGAAACAUGCUCACGACCAGCAUCCGGAUUUGCUACCUUUGCCUAAACCUAAUUCUAUCGCGGAUACGAUCGAUGGCGCUUCUCGCAAUGGGCAGGUAGCGUCGCUCAACUGGUGGCUCCAUUCCGGAAUCCGGCUUGAGUACACGAUAGCGGCGCUUGAAACAGCGAGUUCGAAGAACAGGCUUGCUGUGCUUGCAUGGUGGAAGCAUGCUAACAGCGCGUACGGACUUCCGUUGAAGAUCGGGCGUGUGAUGGACAUGGCGAGCAUGGCGGGGCACGUAGAUGUGCUUGAGUGGUGGGCACGUUCGCAACUCGACUUCAAGUAUGAUAUACAUGCGCUGUACCAUGCUAGCUGCCACGGCAAUGUGGACGUCCUAAAAUGGUGGCUCGGCAGCGGAUUACAAGUGGUGUUCGACCAGGAUUCAUUGACUGGAGCGACGCGGCAUAACCGUCCAGAGGUGCUGGAAUGGUGGGACAAGAGUGGAUUGCCCAUCCAGUACCGUAUGUGCGACAUCGAGGAGGCCUUGGAGGACGCGAUUGGCGGUGGCGAGGCGGCGCGGGAGUGGUGGAAGCGGAAGGGUGUCGACUUCAAUGCGAACGACAAGGAGUGGAUGAAGUUGCGAAAUCUCAAUUAGGGCAUUACAGCGCACUCGUAGGUCGUGGUCUUUUACUCUUUUACUGUUAUAUAGGAUGAUGAUUCCAAUUUGCUGUCCGUGUACCUCUAUCUAUCCAUAUCUCCGUCUGAUACAUUCUCAUUUGCGUGCGGUAGUCACUAUACUCGUAACUGACAUUGAGUUUUCGUCACUGUAGCCUUUAGAAUACGGUUCUUCCGCUGAUCACUACGUCGUGUCUGCACCAUUAGAGCCACCUAGCAUAGACAAAGGAUGUAUCAUGGAUAACCAGGAUUACAUAGACAAUGACAACUGUGUCAGAAGGCAGGUCCCCGCGGAUAGCGACGAUCUCGACAACAAAAGUUGGCGAAAAAGUCACGUCGAGCGACGCCCACC